AUGAGCGGGUUGACGCGAUGGUGCGUCAGCACCGUAGCUCGUGUCUGGGAGAAGACGAAGAGCACCGUUAAUCUCGUCUACAACGUUGGGGAUCAACUACGGAUUGUGUACAACACCGCCAACAGUCACGAUGAGCGCAAGAGCGACUUUGACGCCACAGUGCUGCGAGCUGGCGGCUUCGUAGCCGCCACGGUGCUCUGCAUCGUUGUGGAUGCUCAGGGCGGUAUACCAAACACACUGCGAUGGCUGCGCGCACUUGUGGUGACAGAGAACCACACGAGCGGUGGUGCAGUGGAUGCUGCAGCUUCAACAGUGGCUGGGCUGUAG